AUGAAUCGGUUAACACAAUCGAAAAAGAUGUACACUUUUCCUUAUGAGAUCGUAGACGUUGCUCCCGAAAUAAAUAUUGAGCUGCUACGGUAUUUCAAGGGUGAGCGCACAGGAUUUGUACAAGUGGGUCCUGAAAAAUAUUUCUUUCCUCACAAAUACAAGUUGGAAGCGGAAAAUUUUUAUAAUUUUUGUGCACGUCCGGAUGAUAUUUGGUUGGCGACAGUUCCACGAUCUGGAACCACGUGGACUCAGGAGUUAGUUUGGCUAUUGGAACAUAAUUUAGAUUUUGAUGCAGCCAAACAGGCGCCCCUCUCAGAGCGCUUUCCAUUUUUUGAGUUUUCAUUGUUCGUUCAUCCUGAAGUCAAAGCUGAGUUGGCAGCUGAAAAUUCUUGGGACAAUAAAAAACUGGAAUUCAUUGAACAUUUUUCCAGAUCAGGAUACAAAACUCUAGACGAAUGGCCAUGUAAUAAGAGACGGUUUAUAAAAACACAUUUUCCCUUUUCUUUGCUGCCUCCAAAUGUUAUGCAGAAUAAGUGCAAGGUAAUAUAUGUACUGCGUAAUCCCGAAGAUGUGGCUGUUUCCUAUUAUCAUUUGAAUCGGCUGUUCCGCACGCAAGGCUACAUUGGUGAUUUCCAACGAUUUUGGGAUUACUUCUCACGUGGAUUAAACCCCUGGCUGCCAUACUACAGUCACAUAAGUGAAGCGGUUGAACAUCGUCAUCUUUCAAAUGUACUCAUCCUUAACUAUGAAGAUAUGGUUUCCGAUUUGGGAGGUGUCGUAUUGAAACUAGCCGCAUUUUUAAAUCGCAAAAUCAGUGCGGAGGGUUUGAAAAAUUUAAUACAGCAUUUGGAUAUUAAAAAUUUCCGGGACAAUCCAUCAGUAAACGGAAGUGAAAUGGCGGAUGUUGGAGUUUUGCUAAAGGGUGAAGCUGGCUUCGUUAGAAAGGGUGGAAAUGGAAAGCGAGAAGAGCUCUUGAAUGAAACUGACCUAAAGAACCGUAUGGACCAGUGGAUUCACGAAAAUAUGGCAAAAAUUAAUAUACAUAAGUAAACACAAAAAAUGUUUAUAAAUUUUGGCUAAAAGUAAUGCAAACAAGUAAGGGAGGAUUAAAUUCGGGUAUAACCGAACAUUUCUUACUUUCGCAUUUUGCAAGGACUAAAGCCGUGGUAUUAUCAUCAGAUACAAACGACUUCUUAGUUAUAUGGGUUCUAGGGCACCCUAUUUUUUCUAAGCACCGUUAUUAUUAAAACAUAUCCUCUCAAUUUUACCCGGGUCUAGAAUAGGGAAGAAAUUAUUUCUAAGUGUCGUUUCGGCCAUUUUUAAUUUGUCGUGACGUGUUUUUUUUUUGGCAUUGUAUUCAGUAAUGUUUACAAUUUCAUCAUUCAAUUUUUUUCAAAAUAAUUGUAUUGUAAUCGUCGAAUACCACUUCUAACCGAAACUAUUGCAGAG